GUGAGAGGCAGACGCUGGUUCAGUCGCUGUUGUGGCUGGAAGGAGGGAGGACAGGCAACCAGCGGCUUCAGUUGACCGUCAUACAGCCCGAGGUGAACCGGGAGUCUCUUUUAAACCGAUCCACCGAGCAGCGAAAACAACAACCUCUGGCUUCCCCCGGACAAACUCCGGCUCGGCUCGACACCUUUUAAACCCUCCAGGUGCUGAGGAAACGGAAAAAGCUGCAGAGAGACUCGGUGGGGAAGGUCGACAGGAUGCUCAGCCAGUUGUUUGUUUCCUUGUGAAUGGAUUAGAAGAGUAACACCAGUGGCUGUCUGAGUAGUGAGGAUUUGGUGAAUCUGGAGACUGCAGCCCCGAGCCAGAGCACCGUUCUGACCUAUUCUAGAGCAAACUAAUGGCAGGUUGCGACCAUGCGUUGUCUGGCUGCUCGGGUGAACUAUAAGACCCUCAUCGUCAUCUGCGCCCUCUUCACGCUCAUCACCGUGCUGCUGUGGAACCGCUGCUCCAGCGACACGUCCAUACGCUUCCUGCCCCGAGCCGCUCUGGUGGCUCCGAGCCCCAGGAUCGGAGACGCCAGCAUCAGCAGCCAGCAGCAUCCUCCCCAACCUCCAGAGCCUCCGCCCGUCGUCGGGGUCAUCGGCGGGAUCAAGUACGAGGAAAUCGACUGCCUGAUCAACGAUGAGUCCACCAUCAAAGGAAGGCGAGACGGCGGCGACGUCUACCUGCCCUUCUCCUGGAUGGAGAAGUACUUUGAGGUGUACGGGAAGAUCGUGCAGUACGACGGCUACGACCGCUUCGAGUUUCAGCACAGCUACUCGAAGGUUUACACCCAGCGAGAGCCCUACCACCCCGACGGAGUCUUCAUGUCCUUCGAGGGAUACAACGUGGAGGUCCGAGACCGAGUCAAAUGCAUCAGUGGAGUGGAAGGCGUGCCUCUGUCCACUCAGUGGGGUCCUCAGGGCUACUUCUAUGCCAUCCAGAUCGCCCAGUACGGUCUGAGCCACUACAGCAAGAACCUGACUGAGCGCGCUCCCCACGUGGAGGUCUACGACACCGCCGAGGAGAGGGACAGCCGGGUCAACACGGCGCCGUGGAGCGUUCCCAAAGGUUGCAGUCUGAGCCGUGUCCACGACAAGACCAGAGCUACCUCCGUGCGUCAGUUCAGCGCUCCAGAGUCCUCAGAAGGAGUUUCCCUCCAGCUGGGGAACUCCAAAGACUUCAUCCUCAGCCUGGACGUCAAGUUUGUCUCCAACGGCAGCGUGUCGGUGAUCCUGGAAACCACCGAGAAGGGAGCGCCCUUCACGGUCCACUACGUGACCAACACGCAGCUCAUCGCCUUCAAAGACCGUGAAAUCACCUACGGCAUCGGGUCCAGAACCGCCUGGAGCACUCUGACCCGAGACCUGAUCACCGACCUCAGGAAGGGCGUGGGACUGUCCAACACCAAGGCUGUGAAGGCCACGAAGAUCAUGCCCAGACGGGUGGUGCGACUGGUCCUCCAUGGACGGGGCUUCGUGGACAAUGUCACCAUCUCCACCACUGCCCACAUGGCCGCCUUCUUCGCUGCCAGUGAAUGGCUGCUGCGUAACCAGGACGAGCGAGGCGGGUGGCCCAUCAUGGUCACCCGUAAGCUGGGCGAAGGCUUCCGGCCCCUGGAGCCCGGCUGGUACUCGGCCAUGGCUCAGGGUCAGGCCAUGUCCACCCUGGUGAGGGCCUACCUGCUCACCAAGGACCAGGCUUACCUCAACGCUGCCCUCAAGGCAGUGGGACCCUACAAGGUGCCUUCAGCGCAGCACGGGGUCAAAGCCGUGUUCAUGAACAAAUACGACUGGUACGAGGAGUACCCCACCACGCCCAGCUCCUUCGUCCUCAACGGCUUCAUCUACUCCCUGCUGGGACUCUACGACUUGACGGAGACGGCCGGAGAGAAGCUGGGCAGGGAGGCCGGCCAGCUGUUCAGCCGCGGCAUGGAGUCCCUGAAAGCCAUGCUGCCGCUCUUCGACACGGGGUCCGGGAGCAUCUAUGACCUUCGCCACUUCAUGCUGGGCACGGCGCCCAACCUGGCACGCUGGGACUACCACACCACGCACAUCAACCAGCUGCAGCUGCUGGCCUCCAUAGACAACGCUCCCAUCUUCAAAGAUGUGGUCAAGCGCUGGAAAAACUACUUAAAAGGGAUCCGUGCCAAGCACAACUAGACUAAUCUAGAACCACACAUGUAGUAUAGAGCUGAGAUGAAAAGAGGAUCAAUAUAUUGUGUGUGUGAAGUGACUGGGUGGUUGAAUGAAGCCGGUUGUUGUGUGUCUGUGAGGUCCAGGUUCUGGUCUGAAGGAAGCUUCAGUCAGCUGCAGCUCUCUACUAAACUCUUGUGUGCUCCGUUGCAGCUUUUAUAUUUUCUGCAACAUCGACUGUAGCUCCCCUCUCCUGUUUUUUUUCUUUUCCUUGAGCUAGUGUUUGUAAUUAUGCACAGACCUAGUUCCAGAGUGUGUGUGUUUGCUUUUAGGAUGUGUGUGUUGUUUAAAAUGCCAAUAUAUGUCGUUAGAGGAAGAUGAAGGUCACAUUACCGACGUUCUUUCAAGCAUCCGCCACACUUCACUUUUCCAGCUCUGUUUUUUUACCGUUACAUCUCAGAUUUGCAGAAGUUUAUUAGAGCGAUUCAGUGUAAAUAACAGAAUAUAUUAUAAAUUAUUUGAAGGAGAAUGUUGCCAAAAAGUGAAUCCUUUCAAUAUAAGAUCCUUAUUUCUCCACCGCAACAUUUUUAUCAGAAAACCUUCAAAACUUUCAAAUUCUGAAGAAAAGCUAUAGAAUCGAACGCUUUAUGCUUCCAAAACCUUUAUUUUCUGAAGCCCUGUUCUCUAAAAUGAGGAUAAAUAAUCACAGUUAAUUAUACUCCUUUAUUUUCUUCCUUUUGGCCUGAAUUAGUUGUCUAUGAAGCUACUUGAAAUCAGCUUGGAGGAAUAAACAACCAUAUUGGACGUGAAGUGCUGCAACAUUAUGAACGUUUCUGUUGCAUUCAGGUGUGCAAAAGUCGUUCAAAAAAUUCGUUAGUAAUUUAUCAUAAUUAGCCUACAGACUGGUGACAAAUUAAAGGAAAACCAACAAUUAUGAGUCUUAGUAAGGUGGAAAAAGCUUCAGUGCUCCUUGGCAUUGAUUCUAAAAGUCUCUGACCAUUUUUCCAACAGAUGUUCCCUCAUUUGGUGUUUUGAUGAUCAGAAUCAACCAUAACUAGUUGCAGAUCUGGGAACAGUGAAGGCCAUAAUAAACCAAUCCCACCAUCAGUAAACUCCAAACCUGGUCCCAAGGAUGGAGGCGUUUACUGACUGUCCAAAAUGUUUUUUUAUGAAAAUUUCUAAAGUAUCACAUCCAAAAAACUUAAAGGAAACAGCAACAAAACACUGUUAAUUUCACCAAAAAAAGGUUUGCUUGAGGGGAUAUUUGAGUUGCUGCACCUCACAGGAGAUGGAAACUGAUUUUUCUGAUAAUUUUAGACAUUCAUUAUCAGUCAUAUGGAAACACGGUCACUGCUAUAGGAGUAGAGAUGUUUCCUCAGAGUAUAGAAGUGAUGUCAGAACAGCUUUGCAUUGAUCUCUGAUGACCCUGUAGGGACAAGUCUGCUCAAAGCACGACAGCAAAAACAGAACUUCCAGGUUCCCUCAUUGUAGGUGUUCAAGUUCUUCCUUUAAUUCGUCUUAAUAUGUGACGGUCAUUUGUAGCUGCUUUUGUGUUGGUUGGUCACAAAAAAAGCCCAAUUCUUGUGUUGUUGUAAAGCAAGGCUACAAAUAAUUAGCUGAGUUUGGCUCCGAGAUCCCAGCUGAGUCAGUUUAGCACCGAGAUGAUCACAGACGAUCGUGACUCAGAAAUUAACACGACUCAGAAAAUCUCCAUGAAAUCAAAGCUCAGCUCUUUUCAUUGGCAUAGUUUAGGAAAAAAAGGUUUAAAAUGUGCUGCCAGCAUCUUAAGCAUGUGUAAACGAACCAGUUGUGGCUAAAAGUUGCAUAUAAAUAUGAUUCAGAUUCAAAACCUUUAUUGAAUCUAAAUAAUGGUCUUGAAUCUGAAUCAUAUUUACAUUUAGAUUUUUGUGAAUUAAUGUUCAGAGUCCCUGAUAAUAAGCUCCAUUCAGUUGAGGGUUUUUUGGAUCAUGAAAACAGUAGAAAUAACUUUUAAACCGAUGCUAAACAUUAACUCCUGCUCAAUCUGUCCUCUUUAACUCCAGCUUCACUGGUUGUUGCCACAUUUCCAUUCAUUUUUAUGCCAUUUUUCAAUCUUUUCUGAUUUGAAAACCCUUCUUCUGCAACCCAAACCUGAAAACUAAUAAGUCCAAGUGUAGCUGUCUGUUGUGACUCUGAGUAGAUAGUUGUGUUCAGCAGCUGCAGCGUCGAUUCAUAAUAUUUAAGCAGACAACGGCAGCAGAGCUGGAGCAGGAACAUAAAGUAGCCAUCGCUCCCUGCAGGCUCCUGUCGCCACGAGCUCAGCGAUUUUAAUGCGAGCGCUGCCCUGUUGACCGCUGAACGAGGAGAAAGAGACUCGCCAAGACACUAACAAUUCACCCGGCUAAUAGGCUGGAGAGGCUGGCGCUAGUCACGGAUGAGUCAGCAUUCACCGGCAUCACAAACACUAGAGGAGCCCUCAGCUUCCACGAGGCUUUCAUCAAUCUACCGUAAAGAUUAGUAACGGGAAGCCGGACACUCUGGAUGUUUUUGUUCUUAAGGUGAAGAUGGUGAAGCUUUCCAGUCGUCAUAGGAGAAGAAGAAGAAGCACGAGAUUCAUUUCAGAAGCUCUGCUGAUUUGUUUUAAAACUGUAAUUAUCAUCUUCCCCAACAUACAGCUUCAUCUGCAGCUGAUUUAUUAGAGAUAAUCUCAGAAUUUAAGGAUAAAUUUAGAAUAUUAGGAGGAAAAAGUGGAAUUAUAUUCACUUUUCAGCUCAGUAUAUACAACUUAUGUGGCAAAAAUGUGCACAUUUAAUCCGGUUCAUUCACAGCAUUUAGUUCUAAAAAUAACCCAUCUAAUGUAAUAACGUGACCUUUUCUUGUAAUAUUAGUGUUUUCCUAAAAAGAAAAAAUCAUUUAAUUGUUAAAAAUUUGCAGCCUUACCCACUAAACUUAGAGUAGUACUUCAGAACAUUUUUACUUUAUACUCAGUCUGAUUUUUAAGAGGUUUCUGCUGAUUUUUUUUCUUAAUGAGAGAAUAGUUUUCCCAUAGAAGCAUUUUGAUUUGUUCAAUCUUGAGUUUUUUUGUUUUCUCGCUGACGCUUGUUUUGUUCUCUUCCCAUGAAUAUUUGCAUAGUUUAUAUUUUUCCAUUUCGAGAGGUGGAGUUAUUCGUUUGAAGGGAACAUUCAGGAAUGGAAGGUGAAUAACGAGCUCCAUGUUGUUUAUACCAAAGUCAUUGAUUUGAUUAUGAGUACAUUUGAAUUUGUAUAUUUUUGUGCGAAGCGACUUCCAUUCAGCAUUUAAAGUCUCCUCAGAGACGUCAUGGAGAGACACUGCCUUUUGAAAAGUGCUGUUUUUUUAAAUGUCGGUUGAAUAGAUUCUAGCAGAUCAGAUGUAAACGUGCUUAUUGUGAAGGGGGUGUGUGCAACUAGAGAUUAGCGUUUAGUCAGCCGCUGUUUUAAAGGGAAAUUAGCCAAUAGCUGCAAAUUCUCCUUGAAAGUAUGUUUUGUUUUUCUUUUGGAAUCAUCUGCAGAGGAUUAGGAUGAGUUUUGCUCGAUAGACAAAAAGCACAACUGCCGUUUCUUGUUUAUUUUGGUUGUAUUUCUUUUUUGGAUUACAUUUUUUUUUUAAAAUAUUUUUCUGUCCAGGACAAUGUGCAACGCCUUCAUUAAGAAAGCUGCUACUGUUGUUCACUGUGUAAUGGGUAUGAGAGCUUCUUUUCCCCUCAUUUCCGUGGUUCUUUCUCUCGUCUUUCCACUCUGUUCAGACACUUCAACAAAUGGCCGCCGAGGUCAAAUGUGAUUUAUGCAAUAAAAUGUUUACUGGGGUCGUGACGCCACGAGAGGCCCAGAGUGGUUGUACAGACUUUGCAAUGAAAGCACAAUGUGCAAAAUGCUACCAUUUUUUAGUCCAAGGAAGAGAGGUGUUUAUACACAGAGUAAAUCUUUGUGCUUUAAAAUUUUGCUUUUUAAAGGUGUAAAAAAAAUAAAAGCAUUUUUCUUAAA